GGGAGCGCGACUCCUCCCCGCUGUGCCUCAGCUUCGCGCGCAUGCCUCCCCCCACCCCCGCCCGCGCUCCUGACGUGCUGCGGACGCUCGUGACCCGCAGCGCCCCGGAGGAGGGGCUCGGCAGAGGGGCGCCGGCCGGUCGACAAAAGAAUGCCACGGAGAAAGAAAAAAGUUAAAGAAGCUUCUGAAGCUCAGAACCUGGAGAAGAAAGAUGCAGAAACUGCCAGUUCUGUCAAUCUGAAGAGGAAACGUAGACUUGAAGAUGCAUUCAUUGUGAUAUCUGAUAGUGAUGGAGAGGAACCAAAGGAAGAGAAUGGAUUGCAGAAAAUGAAGACAAAACAGUCGAAUAGAACAAAGUGUUUGGCUAAAAGAAAAAUUGCACAAAUGACAGAAGAGGAGCAGUUUGCUCUGGCUCUCAAAAUGAGUGAGCAGGAAGCUAGGGAGAUGAACAGCCAGGAGGAGGAAGAAGAGGAGCUCUUGAGGAAAGCCAUUGCAGAAAGCCUGAAUAGUUGCCGGCCUUCUGAUGCUUCUGCUACCAGAUCUCGACCUCUGGCCACUGGACCAUCUUCACAGUCCCACCAAGAGAAAACCACAGACUCUGGGACCACAGAAGGCAUAUGGCAGCUGGUACCUCCAUCACUGUUUAAAGGCUCACAUAUCAGUCAGGGAAACGAGGCUGAGGAAAGAGAGGAGCCUUGGGACCACACUGAAAACACUGAAGAGGAGCCGGUCUUUGGCAGCUCAGGAAGCUGGGAUCAGUCAAGCCAGCCAGUGUUUGAGAAUGAGAACGUUAAAUGUUUUGACAGAUGUACUGGCCACUUGGCUGAGCACACACAGUGUGGGAAGCCACAGGAAAGUACUGGGAGGGGUUGUGUUUUUCACAAAGCUGCCCAGGGUAGGGGGGACACAUCUAGGCACUCUCUGCCUACCCCAGCAGAUGCCACAGGUCUCCAGGAUGUUGGGGGCACUGUGCACUACUUCUGGGGUAUUCCAUUCUGCCCUGCUGGAGUAGAUCCUAACCAAUAUACCAAGGUCAUUCUCUGCCAGUUGGAGGUUUAUCAAAAGAGCCUAAAAAUGGCUCAGAGGCAGCUCUUUAAAAAAAAAGGUUUUGGGGAACCAGUGUUACCUAGACCUCCUUCUCUGAUCCAGAAUGAAUGUGGCCAAGGAGAUCAGGCUAGUGAAAAAAAUGAAGGCAUCUCAGAAGAUAUGGGAGAUGAAGACAAAGAGGAGAGGCAGGAAUCUAGGGCAUCUGUCUGGCACUCAAAAACCAAGGAUUUCCAAGAAAGCCCAAUUAAAAGCUUGAAAGAGAAACUUUUGUUGGAGGAAGAACCAACAACCAGUCAUGGUCAGUCUUCCCAAGGGCUAUUUGUCGAAGAAACUUCUGAAGAAGGAAACUCUGUACCUGCCUCACAAAGCAUUGCUGCUUUGACCAGUAAGAGAAGCUCUGUCCUUAUGCCAGAGAGUUCUGCAGAGGAAAUCACUGUGUGUCCUGAGACACAGCUAAGUUCUCCUGAAACGUUUGACCUUGAAAAAGAAGUCUCUCCAGGUAGCAGAGAGAUCCUGGAUGAAGUAAGAAUAAUAAUGGCAGAUAAGGAGGUUGGUAACAGGGGAAAUGCUGAGAAGGAAAUACCUAUUUCUACAGUCUCAUCCAGUACCCAGGUGUCCUGCCCACUAUGUGACCAAGGCUUCCCACUCACAAAGAUUGAGCUACAUGCCAUGUACUGCAAUGGGCUGAUAGGGCAAGACACAGUGUUGACUCGGAGACAAAAAGAGGCCAAGAGCAAGAGUGACAGUGGGACAGCUGUCCAGACUUCCCUAGACAUUGACAAAAAUGAGAAAUGUUAUCUCUGUAAAUCCCUGGUCCCAUUCAGAGAGUACCAGAGUCAUGUAGAGUCCUGUCUCCAGCUUGCAAGGGGUGACCAAGGAGCUGGGCCUGAAGAGUGUGGGAAGGUAUGCUCAGCUAUGGAGGAGAAGCAGCAGCAGCGGCUGAGGAACCCAAAGGAAAAAAACCGCAGUGAAGGCUGGCUCCUCAGUCUCUUGGAACAGUCUGAGCACAAGACUGCAGAUGCAGAAAUAAAGACCAAGUCUUCAGAAACAGGAAGCUUCAGGGUGUCCUCGCCAGGGAUGGAAGAGGCAGGCUGCAGCAAAGAGAUACAGAGUUCCCUUCCACAUCUUGACUUAAACGAGUCUCCCAUCAAGUCUUUUGUUUCCAUUUCAGAAGCCACAGAUUGCUUAGUGGACUUUAAAAAGCAACUUACUGUCCGGCCAGGUAGCCGGACACGGACCAAAACAGGCAGAGGAAGAAGGAGAAAACCCUGAAUUUCUAGGGUCCAGACAUUGACAAAGCAUUAGCAAUAGGGGUGGGCCAUGGUCAUUAAGUCUUAGUGGCCCCUGUUUCAUUGUUGAGCAAGUUUUCGCCCUGCAGUUUUCACCACCAGCAUCCACUCAGCAUUCUCGUUUUGAUGUUUUCUAUAAGCUAUACAGACGAUUGUGUAUAGUAUUCUGUUUUAUAAUAAUCUGAUUCACUUAUAGUUAAAAGAAAAUUUAAAUAUA